AUGAAUCGCAAACGCCGCAACACCUCUUCGCCCGAGCCCGAUGACUCUCCGGGUUCGAAGCCGCAGAAUCACUCUGAAGUCGAGGACAGUUGGGACGACUCGGAAGAAGACGACAGCAAAGAACUCCCCCGGCUUGAUGAGUACUCAGGCCAGGUGGGAGCAUUCCCCGGGCUCGCGGACGAUGGCGACGAACUCUUCUACGGUCCAGCCUCGGAUGGGGUUGACUAUCUGCGUAUGGUGCGAUCUGAAAGAAAAGGCAUUCCGUACAUUUUGACAGCACCGGAACAGACAGGCGACGAGAAAAACAAAGCGGAAGAGCCGUCGUGGCCAGUUCAACAAGGAGGCUAUUAUCAUGAUGGUGCAUAUACGGCCAUCCCAAGUCAAUCUACACCCGAAGGAGAACCCUUGUCCUUUGCACAAAAACACUACUACGACUCGCUCCUCGCCCAAUUCAGGCUCGUCCAAGCGACCAUGCGCUGCGUACCUCCGCUGCACGAGAUCCAAAAUCUUGCACCAUCGCAGUUUAUUUCCUUUCCGGAAGGUUCUCGAAAAGCACGUCUGCAAUGGGAAUCCCAUAUUGUGUCCCACGAUCCACACCCUGUCCAAAUUGCGUGUAUGGACCUCGGUUCCGUGUUCGAGCUAGUCAGACUUCUCAAGAGAAGGCUGCAUGUUUUCCUUCAACACAAGGAGCAGGCAGUCAUCAAGCGUGUCGGUGCUUGGGUGUGGGCUGUCUUGGGAAGAUGUCCAGAUCGAGGGGAAUUGUCGAGUGAGGACAUUGGAGAGAUUAGAGGGCUGGCGCAGAAAGCUGCCAAAGUGCACCAGAUACUGGCUGGAAAGUUGGAUGGCACCACAUCAGAUGAGGAGAUGGAAACUGACAUCGGGACUGAACCGGAUUUGAUUGAGCAGCGCGACGCUGGCCAGGACCGGGGGGUUGUAGGCGGAGAGGAUGGCUUCAUAGGCGCGCCAGAAGAAGCAUUGAGAAACCCUGAGCUACCUACCAAUGCCGGCACCCAGGGUCCAGAACAAGACAGGUUGAUCGAAGUCACCUUGGACAUGCUUCUCACUGUCGCGGGCGAAGUGUAUGGCCAACGAGAUUUGCUGGACCUACGGGUCAGAUGGGAAGAUGGGAAAGGCGGAUGA